AUGGCAAAUGAUUCGCGCAUUGUGAUCUUGACUGGAUCCAUAUUCCUUCUGUUCUUCUGUCGUGGUGAGUUCAAAUUCCCUUCAUGCACUUAAGUCUAGCUUUGAUUGAUUCGACUGAGUUAACUUUUGCGAGAGUCUCUACAUAAUUUUGUCCCCGAUGUUGCGAAAAUUAUAAGGAGAUGAUUGCAGUCCCGGGUGAACUUCGAACGAAGAACUUUUAUGUAUUUGUGUUGAUGUAAGGAUUUAUUAUUUACGCACGUUGACACAUGAAGUAGCUUGCCGGCAAAUUCAGGUGAACCAGUCAAAACGCCUCCCGCGUAAAACUGAUUCUGUCUCAACAAUCUCCAAGACCCAACCGAUAAUUUUCACAAUGAAGCAGUCUCCACCGAGAUAAUUUGACAGGAUCUAUGGAUACGAGAUCUCGAAACCAUUAUAUGGGGGGUAGUUUCGAUUGGAAAAGAGAAAGCGACCCUCCCCUUGGUAUAACUGGUGUAAAAUGUUCAAUUUUUCUGCCGUCGAGCUUGGCAAUUAUCGUAAGCUGAGGGGACGAAACAAGAAACUCAUCUUCAAGUUUACUGCUUCUCCCGGGAGGAAGGGGGGGGGGGGGUAGGCGGGGAUCUGUUUUUACCCGCAAAAGGAAAGUACAGUUUCGGUAUAUGUAAUUGUAAAUCCCGCUGCUGGAAUGUGAAAUUUUUUACUAGAAAUUUUAAGCUUCUCAGUCUUUUUUGGAUUUUCAAUAUUAAAUCAAAUCAUAUCAGGACAAUUACUUCAUGAAAGAAAACUAUUUUCAGCAGGGUAUACGUCCUAUAAGUGUAUGGAUUUUUGACUUGACCUUGUCACAGACGGGGUCAGCAAGUCUUAUCUAAUCAGCACUGUCUUUAGUCCACCAGCCAGUCCACAAAAUGAUGUGCAUGCCAACCAUACAUCAUUUUCACUGCAUUUUUACGAGUGAAAACGUUUUUCUCUCUGUCAUUUAAGUACAGAAGGGCUAGCUUGCGUGCAAGUCCUCUUCCCUGUACGGAAACAAGAGAAUUUUUGAAGUCAUGAACAAGUCGGAGUAACUUCCUGUUUUGACCUCGAGAUAAUUACCAUGCGAGCGAUUGAGUCCAAUGUCUGAUGGCGUCCUUCGUUUACCCCCACCGAAGACAGCUGCCGUCUGACACAGGCGUCGUUUUCUCAAUCCUCUGCUUAGUGAGAUUCUCUAUUAGCUGGCUACCUUAUUGGUACUUAAUUUCGCUGGUCUUUAAUUUCGCGUUUUUCACAAUUGUAAAAAAAUCGCGAAAUUAAAGACCCGCGAAAUUAAAUCUUCGCGAAAUUUAAUGCCCAUCUAGAAAAUCACAAGACAGUGCAUAUGCAUCGACAAGCUGGAGUUCCAUAUUGUAUCUUCAGUUGAGAAAUACUUCACGUUAGUUAGCAAAGAUUUCACACAUUUCUUGUUCAUUAAGGGUUCAGACCUUUUAAAAAUUAAAAUGAAGUUGAAAACGCUUAAAUCGCGAAAUUUAAUGCCCUUUCUUCAUAUUUGCCUGUUAAAAUUGCGGAAAUAAAACACCACGAAACACUUUCUCGCCAAAACCGCGAAAUUUAGUACCAAUAUAGAGUAUACAAAGGUCAAAAUAUGUGGCAAAAUGCUUUCAUUAUUAAUCAUAUUUCGCCGUUGUGGAAUAUGGCUCAAGCAAAAUAUUGAAUGUUCUUGAUGUCGAGCAGAAACUCCGGCUAGUUGUUAGCUCAGUUUUCCCGGCGCUCGCUCAAUCGCUGUUCCUAUUUUAAAAUGAGCUCGUAACCGCUACUGACAGACUCUUUAUCUGGGCCCCAGUUCUUUAUCGCCUCGGUCACCACUGGUUGAACGCCUUGAACAGGCUAGUUUUACACUUCUAGAUUUACACUUCUAGAUUUAAACAACUUAGACUUCCAACAUAAGCAAACUAAUCCUUAUUAACUCACAAGAGGAUUUAGUGUAUUUUAGUUUUGAAAAAAUGCUUCUUUUGUUUGAGAUGAGCGUGAACAGGAAAGAAUUAAGAUGGCUGUUUUUAUAGACUGCUUGCAGUCCGCCUUUUCUCUCAAAAUCCGUCUAGUUCUUAUCUUUUCCAGCGCGAUUGCAAACCACGACGUGAUGAUUACCUUAAGGGGUUGACACCAGACGAGAAAAGGCUUUGCCGCUCGCGUGCUUAGGUUUAGCCUGCGUGCAGACGAUAACUAAACUCUGAUUAGUACGGAGUUAACCAGAGUUUAAUUUCGUCUGCGCGCAGGCUAGCUUAGGUUUCGCGUGCAAUAGCUUUGCAAAGAAAAAUGACAGACUGCUCGCAGUCUACUGUUUUUAAAACAAACAAAGCAUUAAAUUCUGCUGUUGAUGGGGAACGCACCUUGUUUGGCUACACUGAUGUGGAAGUGUCCCGGGGGGGGGGGGGGGGCACCCCCAAAAUUUCCUUAACGGGGUUGGGCCGCCCAACGGGGGGGGGGUUUUUAAACCCCGGGGUUUGAACGGGGGUACCAUUUUCGGGGGGGUUUUUUAAACGGGGGUAAAAUUUUCGAACGCCCCAAAACCCCCGGUUUUGUUGGCCCCACUAAUGUUUUUAAAAAAAACAAAGCAUUAAAUUCGGCGGUUGAUGGGGAACGCACCUUGUUUGGCUACACUGAUGUGGAAGUGGCCCGGGGGGGGGGUACUCCCAUACAUUACCUAUACGGGUAUGUGCCGCUCAACGGGGUCGUGAUUUUGAAGCUCCUGGUUUAGAACGGGGUAUCCAUUUCAGAGGCGUUUUCUAAAACGGGGUACAAUAUUUCGAACGCUCGAAAGCUCCAGUUUUGUUAGCAUCCAUUUGAAUUUAUUCAAGGACAUAUUGCUUUUAAAAAUACGGUUCAAUGCUUUAACAAGCAAACUGUUAUACUCUUGUUACACCCUAGAACGGAGUAUACAAAAUUGGCCCAUUUCUAGAACGGGGUAUCAGUUUUAGAGCUAAUUCUAUAACGGGGUAUAAAAAAUUGGUCCAUUUCUAGAACGGGGUAUCAAUUUUAGGGAAAAAUUUUUUUAGAACGGGGUGCCAAUUUGGAGUCCCGGGCGGCACAUACCCACCCAAAAAAUACCCAAGUGCCCCCCCCCCGGGGGGAAGUGUGCACUUUGACUGAGCCACCACUCCUCUGUGAGAGGGGGGCGCGUUGUUUUGUACGGGGAUCUGCUGACCCAAGCACCCUCCGGACCCCCGGCCACCCAAGGAUUCUCUAUGAGUAAGAUCAGUAAGAUGCAAAGUGGGUAAAAAUCGGGCCGCAUAAACGUCUUGUAACUAUAACAGCUUAAUGGUCCUUUGAUACAAAUGAUUCAAGGUAUCCAAAUGAUGGCUUUAAAAUUUGAUAUAUCAUUUUGAAUAGAGCUGAGAAUGCUACUUCGAAUUUGAACGUUCCUCUUCUAGAACGGAGAAAUUUAGGCUCGAUUUCCGCCGCUCUCUUGGUCCUUUUCUGGGAAGGCGCGCGCGGCCGGUAAUCGACCCUGCGUUGGUAUAUGCGGUCAUAUUACAGGGUGCCGUCAUUGGUAGGCGUGUUUGGUUUCCUAUAAAUACCGGUUAUCAAGUCAGUCGGUUUUUAUACCAUGGAAUAGGGUAUUCCACAUAUCCGAAGUUACUGUACUCUUGUAUUUUGGCUUCACUACCGUGUACAUGCUUUCUAGAAGAACCAUUUUCUGUCAUGAAUUCGGUCUGAAAUAGGUGAUUUGUUUGUGGGAUUCGUUUCUACACGCUUAAGCGUGUUUACAACUAAGAAUAUUCAAAGUCUGACGUUGCAACCUUUGCCUGAUCCAUCGCGGUACGGAAACUACUUGUGUUUUCGCCAAAAUUUAUGCAGUAGGUAUAUUACUUUUUAUAGAUAAGGGGUAUUUGAAUGAUUUUGCCUGGUAUUGGUGUCUCCAGUUCAGAUGUUCAUUCUCUAUUUUCCAAUUCCCCAUAAUACACUCUGUUUGCCCCCCAAAUUUUGCAUAAACCAUUGUUUUUAAAUGCUCCUGGGAGUAUUGCAUUUUCCCAAGAGCAUUUUAAGACAAUAAGUUAUGCAAAAUUUGGGGGGCAGACAGAGUGUAUUAUGGGGAAUUGGAAAAUAGUCAAUUAAAAUAAAUAUAUGAUUCUUGCGGGUUUCUACAUGUUAUAUUUUGAAAUUGCCCUUUGGAUUCUCUGGUCACGUUCAUGAUCGAUUGACGGAAAAAGUUUAAACAAUUUGACAAAGAAGGUUCACAUCUUCUGUAAAUCGGCUACUGGACAUGAUCUUAGAGUAAUUUAACGUUUCCUUUAUUUCAUGAUGCUUAGAGCAAGCCAUAGAAUGUGGCUUCUUCAAACCAUCUGUUCAAUGGACGUCCAACUCACCUACUCCAACGCGUGCCUAGUCCUAUGCUAACAAAAUGGAUCAUCGCUCAGUCAUCACGAUUUAGUUUCGAAAGUGAACAGGUUGCUCCGUCUGGUCGCAUAUAGUCAAAGGCCGCAUUGAAGUGCCAGCUAACAUUACUUAUUGGGAGCAGAUCUCGGGUGGAGGGAAGUGUUCGACUUCCUUGGCUGUCCGUGCACACCCUUCUUACCCCAGUUUAGCCUACGAGCAAGCUCUUCAUCUGGGGAAAUCGCGAUGGCGGAAUAAAUGGAGAGCUGACUCGCAUGCUAAACCCCAUUUACACCCUCCCCUUAUUACUAAAUCCUUCCUUCUCUAAAUGUAUAUUAACAUUGUUGGUUAAAGAGAUUGCUGCUUUACAGCUGCCUCUUGGGCAUUCGUAACGUUUUAGUAAACGUUGAUCUAGGGUCCCCCGGCAACAACCAUCUUUGACUAAUAAGCGAUGGACACUGGUCUUCCUGAUUCGAUAAGACUGAGCUGCAAAUCAUUAGUUAAGAAAGGGUAGUGGAAAAAGCUCAUCGUCAGGGUCGGGGCACGUGCUCCGAAGUAGUGGUAUUCAAACGGCUAACGGGGCAAACGGACGCAACCUUGCUGGCCAACAACUCCCAAGAUAUAGCUUCGCAAAGUUGUGGAAAUGUACAGAGUUUUGUAUGGUGAGAGGAUAGUUUUUUUGCCCCCCCCCCCCCCCCCCCCCUUUACAAGUGUUUGUAAAAUUUCGCGUCUUUGAGAAGCUAUAUCCUCGUUAGUUUUUAACAAAUCACUUUCAAACUUGGCAGUUUUACUAGUUAAAGGCGCCCUUUCCAGUGAUGUCCACGGAUGUUUCCCUAACUUGUCCAUAUCAAAGUUUAAAACCGUAGAAGGGUCUAUUUUAGGGCGGUUACCAUAAGUCAGAACUGGACGGCCAUUCCCGUCCAGUUGUAAUGAGAAAUUCACUUUUAAUCAGAACUGACCAACUAGACCCGGAUAGUCUAUUUCUAAAUAGUCUGCAUGGAAAUGAUGGUUUUUAAGCAAUAUCUCGUGAAAAAAAGUCUUCUCUAUUUUCAACAUUACCUGUCCGACCGGUCAGUUCUGACUUUUCGUAAACGUCGAGAAUUUUAUUCAGGCUUUGGUUCUGUUCAUUCUUAAUUCCUUACUCUCCUCUGUCGACAGUACACUCGCUUAAAUGCUACAAGUGCACAGCAACUUCUGCAGAACAAUGUUCAGCGAGCCAAAAUGUUACAACAUGUGACGAUAAACUGGAUGGGUACCUGGAGUGUGGUAUACUAACGUAUGAUGACCAUGGUUUCCAGUACCUAAAGGAUUGUUUAUGGCCUAAAUUUUGCGACGGGAAGCAAGACAAUUGCACUAUAAAUGUCUGUAAUGAAGAUUACUGCAACGGUCCACCUCCUCCGACAACAGCUGUAAAGCCAAGCGCUGCUGGACCCAAUCCAAGCACAACUCCCACCACGACAGAGGCGGAUGAGACCAGAGCACCGCCCAGUCCACGUUCCAAUGCCAACAGAAGCCUUACGUGGAGCCUCUAUGGAAUGUUAGUGUCUGUGCUUGCUAUUGGCAAAAUGGUGGAAACUUGUAAUGUUAGUUGA